CUCUGUCAUACACAUUUUUUAUACAGACAUAACUUGUGAAGGAUGUGUUGUACAACGAAACACUUGUAAAAAACUUCACGAAGAAUGCUCAACAGCGAAGAAAUUUCACAAAUCAUUGAUUGAUUGAUUGAUGCAUUAUAGCAAAAACCAGGAAGCUGAUUCUUCAAGCAACCGACAGAAGAGUAGAAGAAUGCAGAUCAAAUGAACGGAACAGUACCCACCUGAAGAGAUCCGAUCGAUGUCGGGUGGAGGUGCUGCACCCGCCACCCCUGCCGUUCCUCCCCCAACACUGGGCGGUCAUUCUCGGUGCGGGUGGGUUCUGGGCCCAUCGCUGGACAAGAUCAUCAAGAACGUCGCGUGGAGGAAGCACUCUCAGCUGGUCGCUGCCUGCAAGUCCGCUCUCGACAAGCUCGAUUCUCUAGUCGAUGACCCCAUCGAUCCCGCUUCAUGCUCCCCUCUCUAUGGCCUCUCUUCACCUGACGCUGAAUUCGUCUUGCAGCCCAUCAUCCUCGCCCUCGACUCUGCUUCCCCAAAGGUGGUGGAGCCAGCUCUCGACUGCGCAUUCAGAUUGUUUUCUUUCGGCAUCAUCCGGGGCGAGAUCGAGGUUGGAACCUCCCCUCCCAUCAUAUUUCGCUUGAUUGAUUCCGUCUGCAAGUGUGGCGCUCUCGAUGAAGAGGCUAUCGAGCUCGGCCUUCUUCGCGUCCUCCUCUCGGCUGUCCGGUCCCCCUACGUCAUUCUCAGGGGAGAUUGCCUUGUGCACAUUGUCAGGUCUUGUUAUAAUGUGUAUCUAGGUGGCUUGAACGGCACCAAUCAGAUCUGCGCUAAGUCCGUUCUAGCUCAAAUGAUGGUCCUUGUUUUCACUAGGGUCGAGGAGGACUCUAUGAACAUCAACUUCAAGACUGUUUCUGUAGCUGAUCUCUUGGAGUUCACCGAUAGAAGUUUGAAUGAGGGCAGUUCCAUUCAAUUUGCUCAAGAUUUUAUCAAUGAGAUUGUGGACACCAAAGCUAAGGAAGUGCUUCCUGAUUCCAAACUGUCCUUGCUAUUGGAGAAUGGAAACAUUCAAAGGGGAAGUGAGAUGGUUGAUGAGGAAUCAAGGGAAGGGGUGGAGAUGGACAUCUAUAGCAAGAUCCGAGAGGAUGGCUUUAUGCUUUUCAAGAAUCUAUGCAAAUUGUCCAUGAAAUUUUCCUCACCAGAGCACACUGAUGAUCAAAUCCUGUUAAGAGGGAAAAUACUUUCAUUAGAGCUCCUCAAGGUUGUCAUGGAUAAUGCAGGCCCAGCCUGGCUCUCCAGCGAGAGGUUUCUAAAUGCUAUCAAACAGUUUCUUUGCUUAUCAUUGUUGAAGAACAGCGCACUGUCUGUCAUGACCAUUUUUCAACUUCUUUGCUCAAUAUUCGAGAAUCUAUUAUCAAAAUAUAGGUCUGGGCUGAAAUCAGAAAUUGGAAUCUUCUUUCCUAUGCUGAUCCUACGUGUGCUAGAGAAUGUGCUUCAGCCUAGUUUCUUACAGAAGAUGACUGUUCUGUGCCUACUAGAUAAGGUUUCCCAAGAUCCUCAGGUUAUAAUUGAUAUUUUUGUCAACUAUGACUGUGAUGUUGAUGCUCCAAACAUAUUUGAAAGAACUGUCAACGGCCUUCUCAAAACUGCAUUGGGUCCACCUCCUGGUUCGACUACCACUUUAUCUCCAGCCCAAGAUUUGACAUUUCGGAGUGAAUCAGUGAAAUGCUUAGUCAGAAUAAUAAACUCUAUGGGCACGUGGAUGGACCACCAAUUGAAAUUAGGAGAGUCCAGUCCACUGAAGCUUUCUGGUAAUGACAGCGCAGUUGAAAACAUUACUGCACCCGGUGAAGAGGGAAGUAUGGCUGACCAUGAUCUGCACUUAGAGGAGAGUUCUGAAAUCUCUAAUGCAAUUACCUUGGAGCAGAGGCGAGCUUAUAAACUGGAAAUACAGAAAGGUGUAUCUCUGUUCAACAGAAAACCUUCAAAAGGGGUUGACUUCCUAAUGAAUACAAAAAAGGUUGGCAAUUCCCCUGAAGAAGUAGCUUCUUUCCUGAAGAACACUUCUGGACUAAAUGCUACUAUGAUUGGUGAUUAUUUGGGAGAGAGGGAUGAAUUUCCCUUGAAGGUUAUGCAUGCAUAUGUGGAUUCAUUUAACUUUGAACAAAUGAACUUUGGUGAAGCAAUCAGAUAUUUCCUACGAGGUUUCAGACUUCCGGGUGAAGCUCAGAAAAUUGACCGUAUAAUGGAAAAAUUUGCUGAGCGCUACUGUAAAUGUAAUCCAAAUUCUUUCACAAGUGCUGAAACGGCUUAUGUCCUUGCUUAUUCAGUGAUAAUGCUCAACACCGAUGCCCACAAUAACAUGGUGAAGGAUAAGAUGACCAAAGCUGAUUUCAUCAGGAAUAAUCGAGGAAUUGACAAUGGAAAAGACUUACCUGAAGAUAACUUGGGUGAUCUCUAUGACCAAAUUGUGAAAAAUGAAAUAAAGAUGAACGCGGAUUCUACUGUUCAACAAAGCAAGCAGGGGAGCAGCCUGAAUAAACUUUUGGGCUUUGAAGGUAUACUAAAUCUAGUGUGGAAGCAGACUGAAGAAAAGCCAUUGGGCACAAAUGGAGAUCUUAUAAGGCAUAUUCAAGAGCAGUUCAAAGCUAAAUCUGCUAAAUCAGAGUGUGUUUUUUAUACUGUUUCCAAUCCAGCAAUACUGAAGUUUAUGGUUGAAGUUUGCUGGGGUCCAAUGCUUGCUGCAUUUAGUGUAACACUAGACCAGAGUGAUGACAAGACUGCAACCUCUCUGUGCUUGAAAGGCUUCCGAUAUGCAGUGCACGUUACAUCAAUCAUGGGUAUGCAGACACAGAGGGAUGCUUUUGUCACCACCGUUGCUAAAUUUACUAAUCUUCAUUGUGCUGCAGAUAUGAAACAAAAGAAUGUUGACACUGUGAAAGCAAUAAUAUCCAUUGCCAUUGAAGAUGGAAAUUCCCUUCAAGAAGCUUGGGAGCAUAUUUUAACAUGUCUAUCCAGAUUUGAGCAUUUGCAACUGUUGGGGGAGGGUGCGCCAUCUGAUGCAUCCUUUCUUACCUCCACAACUGCUGAAACUGAAGAGAAAGCUUUGAAGUUGGUGGGCUUUCCUUCUUUAAAGAGAAAAGGAACUCUACAGAAUCCAGCUGUUGCUGCUGUUGUCCGGGGAGGCUCAUAUGAUAGUACUACAAGUGGAGUUAAAUCUGUAGUCUUGGUUUCUCCAGAGCAAAUGAACAACUUCAUUUCAAACUUGAAUCUACUUGAUCAGAUUGGGAGUUUUGAACUUAACCACAUCUUUGCUCACAGCCAAAGAUUAAACAGCGAAGCAAUAGUGUCUUUUGUUAGAGCUCUUUGCAAAGUUUCUAUGUCAGAGUUACAAUCUCCAACAGACCCUCGUGUAUUUAGUCUUACAAAGAUUGUUGAAGUUGCGCACUACAAUAUGAACCGUAUUAGAUUAGUAUGGUCUUGCAUAUGGAGUGUCCUUUCCGACUUUUUCGUUUCUGUUGGACUAUCAGAAAAUCUUUCUGUUGCAAUAUUUGUCAUGGAUUCACUGCGCCAACUUGCUAUGAAAUUCCUUGAACGAGAAGAGCUGGCAAACUACAAUUUUCAAAAUGAAUUUUUGAGACCAUUUGUGACUGUUAUGCAAAAAAGCAGUUCGUCUGAAAUCAGGGAAUUAAUUGUUCGGUGCAUAUCUCAAAUGGUCCUUAGUCGUGUCAACAAUGUAAAAUCUGGAUGGAAGAGUGUUUUUAUGGUUUUUGCUGCUGCUGCGGCUGAUGAAAGGAAGAACAUAGUCUUACUGGCUUUUGAAACCAUGGAAAAGAUUGUACGAGAAUAUUUUCCAUACAUAACUGAAACAGAAACUGUAACUUUCACUGAUUGUGUUAGAUGCCUCAUUGCAUUCACAAAUAGUAGAUUUAACAGUGAUGUUAGCCUCAAUGCAAUUGCAUUUCUCCGUUUCUGUGCUGUCAAACUUGCAGACGGAGGACUUGUUUCUAAUGAGAAAAGUGAAGAAAAGGAUAAGUCUAUCCAGGCAGCAAAUGACAAUACUUCAGAUGUAAAAUGCUUCACAAAUGAAGAUGAUCACAUGUCUUUCUGGCACCCUCUGCUCACAGGAUUAUCAGGCCUGACUUCAGAUCCUCGGUCAGCUAUCAGGAAGAGUGCGCUUGAGGUUCUCUUUAAUAUUUUAAAAGACCAUGGCCAUCUCUUCUCUCACUCUUUUUGGGUUAAAGUUUUCAAUUCUGUCAUCUUCCCGAUAUUCAGUUCUGCACGUGAUAACACUGAAGCAGACUUAAAAGAUCAUCAGUUUUCCCCAAGAUUUAGAUCUUCACAACUUGAUGGACAGCUGUGGGACUCUGACACUUCUGCUGUGGCAGCUCGAUGCCUAGCUGAUCUAUUCAUUAGUUUCUUUGAUUUGAGUAGGUCUCAGAUGCCUGGCAUAGUGUCAAUACUAGUGGGUUUCAUAAGAAGCCCUGGUCAGGGUCCUUCAAGCACUGGUGUAUCUUCACUAAUGCAUUUGGCUGGUGAAUUGAGAGACAGACUUUCAGAAGAGGAGUGGCAAGAGAUCUUUCUUGCUUUGCAAGAUGCUGCUGCUUCUAGUGUGCCCAAUUUCUUAAAGCUUCUACAAACCAUGGACAGCUUUGAUAUGCCUGAUGGUAGUGUGUCCAAUAAUUAUGUGGAAACAUCAUAUGAAGUAGGGUCGAUGAAUGACGCUGAGGGUGACAACCUGCAAAUGGUUGGGUAUGUUGUUUCACGAAUCAAGGGUCAUAUAGGAACACAACUACUCAUCGUACAGGUAGCUACUGAUCUUUGUAAGUUGCAUCGGCAGUCACUAAGCGCCAAGUCCGUAACGGUCCUUCUUGGGAUCUAUUCAUCUAUUACUUCUCAUGCUCACCAGUUAAAUUCUGAUGGCGUCCUAAAAGUGAAGCUGAAGAGAGCCUGCUCAAUACUAGAGAUCACAGAACCACCACUAUUGCACUUCGAAAAUGAAUCCUACCAGAAUUACAUCAACUUUUUGCAUGAUUUGCUUGUCAGUGAUCCAACAUUGGGAAAAGAGAAGGAUCUAGAACCUGAACUUGUGUCUAUAUGCGAGAAAGUCCUGCAUGUAUACUUGGGUUGUGCCGGUGUACACCAGCAACAACCAGUCGUCAACAAGCAGCAGCAGCAGCUGAAGCUGCACUGGAUUCUUCCCCUAGGCUCAGCCAGGAAGGAAGAACUAGCUGCCAGGACUCCCUUAGUUCUUUCUGUAUUACAUAUAUUGAGUGCUUUUGAAGGUGAGAGUUUUAAGAAGUAUGCAUCACAGCUGUUUCCGUUACUGGUAGAUCUUGUCCGGAGUGAGCAUAGUUCUGGAGAAGUUCAGCAACUUCUAAGUGGCGUCUUCCGUUCAUGCAUAGGCCCAUUAAUAGUGAAGAUGUGAAAGUUUCAUUUUUGUAAAUUAUUAUCACCUAGGCUGAGGGUGAGGAACAUCUUUAUAUAGACUACUGAAGUUUUGUUUAUUGUUGUUAGGCCCCAUAAUCUUGCUAUCCAUUUACCAAACAGAAGAUGACAAUCACUUCUCAGAAUAAAAAUUAGUUAAAUACCUCUUUAAAUAAAAAUGUUCUGCGUCUUUUAUUUCACGUUUUCAUGCAC